AUGGCUUACAACUACACCAAGAUGAAUACCGGACGCCCGGAGCCAAUCCAGCAACAGCAGCCGCCUCCUCAACCAGGCAAGAAGUACGAGCUGUCUGUUGAACAGCAACCGAUCCGAGCUCGAAUGUGUGGCUUCGGUGACAAGGAUCGAAGGCCGAUAACUCCUCCGCCCUGCAUCCGGUUAGUUGUCAUCGACAACCAGACAGGAAGAGAAGUCGACUUUCAGGAUAUCGACAGCACAUAUUUCGUCCUCAUGGUGGACCUCUUCGAUGCGGCGGGAGUUGAUCCCGUUAACCUUGUCCGGCAUAGUUCUGCAGCGCCGACAGUUAGCAUCUCCAGCAGCACAACCACUUCAUAUCCUCCUCCUCCGGAGCGAACGCAUCAAAUGGUGACUACAUCAACUCCCUACGACUUCAGACCAUAUGGCAGCAAUCCUUCGUCAAUGGGAUACUGCUAUCCACAGCAAUACCAAAUGUAUGGCCCACCUCAGGCCGCCAUGAUCCCCGCCACGCCCAUUGGCUCAAAUCACACGCGCAACCUUAUUGGCAUGAAUGCAGUCAACGCCUGCCGCCUCAACGACCUGGCAGGCAAGCCUGGCUUUUGGUUCGUGCUACAGGAUCUCAGUGUGCGCACCGAGGGCACCUUCCGGCUGAAGCUCAGCCUCUUCGAUAUUGGCGCCGGGGAUGGCACAAACGGCACUGUCCACCUAAACGGACCCAGCAAAGGUAAAGGCCCGUGUCUUGCCACCAACUACACCGAUCCCUUUACUGUCUACUCAGCCAAGAAGUUUCCCGGUGUGAUUGAAAGCACCAAACUCAGCAAAUGCUUUGCGCAACAGGGCAUCAAGAUCCCCAUCCGCAAAGAUGGUGGGCCCAAAGUGCCCAAUCAAUCCGAGUUCGACGAGUAG